AUGUCGGAUUCUGAAGAAAGUCGCUCGAGCAUUCGAAGUAGGAGUAAUUCCGUUGGGGAACGUUCCCCGAAAAAGCAACUAAACGAGAAUGGCAAAGCUGAAGAAAAACACAGUUCGAUCGUCGCUUCCCAUUACAACAAAAUAGAAGAUCGAGGAGUGCAAGUUCGCAAAAAAUCAAAUAUUUAUUUUAUGCGUAACUUCAACAACUGGAUUAAAAGCGUGGUAAUAGAGAAAUACACCACUUUACUAAAACAACGGAUUCCACUGGGAUCACCUUUCAGAGUGCUAGAUAUGUGUUGUGGGAAAGGCGGUGAUUUGAAUAAAUGGGCCAGUGCCCAUGUAACACAUUUAAUAUGCACGGAUAUCGCUCAAGUAAGUUUAGAACAGUGCGAAGCAAGAUUCAGCCAGAUGUACCAAAGGGAUAGAGACUCCCAGCGACGGCCAAAGGUGGAAUUUUUUGCUGCAGAUGCUACUUUGCAGCAACUGCGCACGAAAUAUAGUGAUCCGUCGAUCAAGCUGCACCUAGUGAGCUGCCAGUUCGCCUUCCACUACUCGUUCGAGUCAUUCAAGCAGGCAGAUUGUAUGUUGAAAAACGCUGCCGAAUGCCUGGAAGAAGGCUUCUACUUCAUCGGAACGAUUCCGGAUGCAAACGAAAUUAUGAAACGGCAGCGUUCGGCAAUGGCGGAUUCAUUUGGAAACGAUAUAUAUAAUAUCAAAUUUCUUUGUGACACAGACAAUCCGCCGUUGUUUGGAGCAAAAUAUAACUUUCAGCUAGACGAGGUCGUUGACUGUCCGGAGUUCCUGGUGCAUUUUCCAACGCUUGUGAAGCUGGCUUUGAAGCAUGGUUUACGGUUAGUGGAGAAGAAGCGGUUCGAGGAACUGUUCGAUGAGCUAGGCAGUCAAAAGCAGGAAUUGUUGGAGAAAAUGCAAGCCUUAGAAUGCUACCCGCCCCCCUUCAAUCGGUCCGACGACGAUAAACAGCGAAAAGCCCCGGAUCAAUACAGUCAUGCUGAGGAGUAUGGAAGGCAAAUGUCUAGCCAACAGUAUUUCCGAGUGGGAACACUUUCGAAAAAGGAAUGGGAGGCAUCUACGCUGUAUUUAUUUUUUGCAUUUCAAAAAAUGAAGACCAGCUAUGACACGAAUGGCAGGCCAGUCUAUUCGUGAUGAUCAGUGUUGAAUCAGCAUUAAAUCAAAUAUGGAUUGAUAAAUAAAACUAACGUGA